AGCUGCGGGGAGCCCCUGGGAGAAGGCACCGCACUUGCAGAAAACUCAGGGUGUCACCUUGGCCUGUGGGCCUGCAGCCUGGCCUGUGCUGUCCCCGUGACCUUACCCCCCCCCCUUGCCUCCUCACUCCUUCCUGUGUGGCCUGCACUUCAUUUAUUCUACCUUGUGCAGGUCCUGAGGGCCAGAGCACCCCAUCAACACCCCGAAACCACAUGUUUGCAUGGCUGACCCCUUCACGGUGUUCAAGUUGGGGUGAGGUCACUUCCUCCUAAGGCCUUCCCUGGCCAUCAUCCUGCGCCAGCCUCAGGGACAUCAACCUUUCUUUCUUUCUUUCUUUUUUUUUUAUUUUAAAGAUUUAUUGUAUCUAUUUGAAAGGUAGAGUUACAGAGAAAGAGGGACAGACACAGUGAGAGAUCUUCCAUUUGUUGGUUCACUCCCCCAAAAGCCAGGAGCUUCUUGCGGGUCUCCCAUGUGGAUGCAGGGGCCCAGACACUUUGGCCAACUUCUGCUGCUUUCCCGGGCACAUAAGCAGGGAGCUGGAUCGGGAAUGGAGCAGUCAGGUCUCAAAUCCACGCCCCCGUGGGAUGCCGGCACUGCAGGCAGCGGCUUUACCUGCUGCGCCACAAUGCCAGCCCCAGGGAGAUCAACUUUUCUUUUCUUCCUGGUUGUCAGAAGCUACUGCCAAUCUGGCUCCCGUAUCAGAAGUGCAGUGGGCCUGUUGCUGGCUGCCUGCUGUAACCCAGUGCUUAGCACGGUGUCUAGCACAUGGUAGGACUUGGGAAAUGUUUGAAGAUAAAGGCAGGGUUGAAGCAUGUGGGCCUGGUUGGAGCUGAGGUCCCUGCAUGGAAGGGGGAGCCCAGUCACAAAGCUCAGGGAAAGUCCCGACUGCUGAGCCACCCCUGGGAUUCUGACGUCCUCUGUGGCCUUGGCCAGCCCAGCCAUGGUGGACCAUUUGGUGAACACGGAGAUCAACAGCCAGCGGAUCGCGGCGGUGGAGAGCUGCUUCGGGGCGUCCGGGCAGCCGCUGGCCCUGCCGGGCCGCGUGCUACUGGGCGAGGGCGUGCUGACCAAGGAGUGCCGCAAGAAGGCCAAACCCCGCAUCUUCUUCCUCUUCAACGACAUCCUGGUGUACGGCAGCAUCGUGCUCAACAAGCGCAAGUACCGCAGCCAGCACAUCAUCCCGCUGGAGGAGGUCACGCUGGAGCCGCUGCCAGAGACCGUGCAGGCCAAGAACCGCUGGAUGAUCAAGACGGCCAAGAAGUCCUUCGUGGUGUCGGCCGCCUCCACCACGGAGCGCCAGGAGUGGAUCAGCCACAUUGAAGAGUGUGUGCGGCGGCAGCUGCUGGCCACGGGCCGCCAGCCCACCACGGAGCACGCGGCGCCCUGGAUCCCCGACAAGGCCACGGACAUCUGCAUGCGCUGCACGCACACGCGCUUCUCGGCCCUCACCCGGCGCCACCACUGCCGCAAGUGUGGCUUCGUGGUCUGCGCCGAGUGCUCCCGCGAGCGCUUCCUGCUGCCGCGCCUCUCACCCAAGCCCCUGCGCGUGUGCAGCCUUUGCUACCGGGAGCUGGCCGCCCAGAAGCUGAAGGAGGAGGCGGAGGAGCAGGGCCGGGGAUCCCCAGGACAGCUGGCCCAGCGGGCCGGAGCCCUGUACGGGGCAUCCAGUGGCGAUGACGAUGACUCAGAGGAGGACAAGGAGGGCAACGGGGACGGCGACUGGCCCAGCCACGUGGAGUUCUACGCCUCGGGCGUCUCCUGGUCGGCCUUUCACAGCUGACGCAGGCCUGCAAAGCUCCGGGGUGCAAGCCGGCUCCACUGCCCAAGCCCUAGGAGCAGCAGUUCCCGAGCUGCCCCAGGACCCCGCCCUGUGGUAGGAGGUGCAGGAUGGGGCUGGUUCCUUCCCUCGGAUUCUCGGAGCCAACAUCCUUCUCUGUGCACUAAGGGAAUCACCUCUCCAUUCAGUAGUCCCCAGACACGGAGGCAUCUGGGGAACAAGUGCCAUUUCUCAGCCCUCCAGGCGCCAGACAAGCCCUUGAAUUAGAUGACCCAGGUACCCUGGGAUGUAGGGACCCUAGGGAUGCUCAGGGUGCAGAGAAGGCAGGACAGGAGUCAGGGUCCACUCUUUUCUGGAGACCCAAAGCCUUAGAACCCCACAUCUGGGGCCGGUGCCAUGGCACAUUAAGUUAAUCCUCCACCUGCAGUGCCAGCAUCCCAUAUGGGUGCCAGUUCUAGUCCUGGUUGCUCCUCUUCCAGUCCAGCUCUCUGCUAUCGCCUAGGAGAGCAGUAGAAGAUGGCCCAAGUGCUUGGGCCCCUGCACCCAUACGGGAGACCAGGAAGAAGCACCUGGUUCCUGGCUUUGGAUCCGCAUAGUUCCAGCCGUUGCGGCCAUUUGGGGAGUGAACCAAUGGAAGGAAGACUUUUCUCUGUCUCUCUCUCUCACUGUCUGUAACUACCUGUCAAAUAAAUAAAUAAAAAUCUUAAAAAAAAAAAAAAGAACCCCGCUCCCACCAUGGACAAGCACACCCCCAGUGGAAGAGCGUGGGUCUGGGGGACCUCCAGGAACCAAGGCCUGGCCAGCUCCUGUGCUGGUGCCCACCACCAGGGGCUGGGCCCUGCCAGGCGAGGCAAGGCAGGAGGGCUCCCCUUGCACUAUGGGUCCCCAGCAGGCCAGGGUGUGGCAGCCUGGCAAGGACUCUGCCCUGUCUCUUCUCUGUCCAGGUGCCAGGUGUACAGAGCUCUUUGUCCCGUCCUCAGCUUUCCCCACAGCAGAGAAAGCCGCCUUCUGUUGGGGCUCUUAGUUGCAAGGACAGAAACCGCACCCAGACUGACAGUAAGAGAGUUGAUUGACUCGUGAGGCUGCAAGCCUGGAGGUGUCCUUGCUUGAAAUGUGACUCAGCCUGUGCUGGGGGCCAAAAACCAGCAAUGUCCACACAGCCCCGCUGAGACCAACAUUCACCCCGCACCUUGUCUGGGCUCCCCAAGGACACGGCCCCGCCUGGCUGUUGUGACCACGCCUCGUACCGCAGCCCUGUUCACUCUGGCGUGGAUUAGCUAAGUGAUGGAGUAGAGGUAGCAGGGAGCCAUUGGCUGGGCCGGGCCUGGCCCCAGGAUGGUGCCGAGGGGUGCAGUGCCAGGGUGCAGCGACUGGCCUUGCCAAGCCAGUGUGCACUGGACCUGAGCUUGAGUGUCCGCCGCCUGCCACCUGCCAUACCAGGCUCCCUGGUGCCCCACUGUCCUUGGCCAGAGCCCCACUAUGACAGAGUGGGGUCACUGCCAGCCAGAAGAAGUGACCUGGGAGCUGGAAAAGCCUCCCCCAGCCACGGCACGGUGUCUGAAACCCCAGCGUCAGGGCUUCAUUCUCUGGUCAACGUGGCCUCCCCUCAGCCAGCUCUAAAUGUGCACAUGUGGACCCUGGGGGACCGCAUCAGAGUGCAAUCUGGGAGCUGCCGCUGCCACCGCUUGGGGCGGCAAGGCCGGCUGUGAGCUCGAAGUCACCCUUGGGGACAGGCAGGAGGUGUGGUGGGGGGUCAGGUGCUUCCAAGAACCACUUGUUUACUUUCCCUCCUCUGUUGGCCUCUCAGAGCCUCCUAGACUGGUCCAGGCUGGUUCUGCCUGGGCAGAGGGCACGGGGCUGGAAGGUCCAGGGGUGAGUGGCCGCUUCCUGAAGACUGACCUGGUGCCCUCUCCGAAACCCCGGCCAGGCAGCCCUUCCCCCUCACCCAGGCAAUGGCGGGACAGGGAGUGCCAGUCCUGCCACUGGUCUCUUUGUCCCAACCCCAUUCCCCAGAACCGCCCUUGCUGGAAAACUUCAGGGAUGGAUGGGCAGUGUUCAUUUGGAUGGGAGAAGGGACUGGACUGCCUGCUGCUGAGAGAGAUCAGAAUAGAAGCAGGAGGGAGGCCCAGAGCGUGCAGUGAGCUCACCUCUGCAGCUGCCUAGGACAGGGGCGGGCCCAGGACCCCAGGCCGCAGGCAGGACAGGCUGGUGGGCAAGGGGUGCUCUGCCCUCAUCCCAGCACCCAGGCUUGCUGCCACCCCACAGGGUGGGCCAGGGCCACUGCUUCCCUGAACAAUGGGUGUGUGAGCCUGGCCAGCAACCUCUGCAGAGCCUCUGUUCAGACUCGCUCCUUGAUGCUUGCGGUAUCCCCUCCCCGGUGCUGGGGACACAGCUGAGAAUGAGAGAUGAGCUCUGACUCAAGGCUCCUGCAGCCCCGGGAGCCUGGGGCAGUGCGCACUGAAAGGUGAGCAUGAGAGCCUUGCCACCUGGAGGGGUGGCGGCCCAGGCAGAGGGGACAGUGCACGCCAAGACUCAGCAGGAGAGGAGCCCACGUGGCCUGGAGCUCAGGGGUGGCUGGGGCCACUGCAGGCCUCAGCCGGGCAGCAAGUCUGCUCUCUGCUUUCGGGAGCUUGCUCUGGGGCCUGGUGUUGCGAUGCACAAGGUUAAGCUGGUAUUCAUGACACUAGCAUCCCAUAGCAGGGUGCUGGUUUGAGUCCCGGCUACUCUGCUUACCACCCAGCUCCCUGUUAAUGCGCCUGGGGAGAAAGCAGAAGAUGGCCCAAGUGCUUGGGCCCCUGCCACCCAUAUGAGAAACCCAGAGGGAGUUCCUGUUUCCUGGCUUCAGCCUAGCUGUUGCAGGCAUUUGGGGAGUGAACCGGAAAAUGGAAGAUCUGUCUGUCUCUGUCACUCUGCCUUUCAAAUAAAUAAAUCAGUCUUUUCAAGAAAGAGCUUGCCACUGUGCCGAUGGCUGGGGCGGGGAGAGUGGAGUUGGACUUGCACAGGGGCUGUGCUCUCUGCUCCUGGCGUCCCUGAGGGUGGACUGAGGCUUCCUCAGGGCCACAUGCACCUGCGGUGUGGACCGGAAGCUGCUUAGCUGCCUUCCUUCCUGUCGUGCAGUGCUGCUGUGUUAAGCUGGCACCUGCCUCCUCUCAGCCUCUCAGAUGACAGCAGAGGGUGCCAGGGAGCAGGCUGACCACCACAGGCUGAGUGCUUGCCCCAGGUCACUGUGGGAGGCUCAGCUAUGAGCACUGAACCACGGGAUUGCUGGGGAUCAGACCUCAGGAAGGGAAGCAUGAGUGGGAGGGGAAGGGGCCGCCCGGGGCACUAUCUCCAACGCCAACAGCUUUGUUGCCCACCAAGACGCUGUCAUCAGCCUGGUGGGCGGGGGCCCAGCCCAGGCUGUUAGAUCAUCCCUCCGGCAGCAGGGACAGAUGGCGGCCACAGCCAGGCCGCCCAGGGACCCGCAGCUAUCUCACGCAGCUCCCUGCUGGGCCCCGGGUCUGCCCGCUGUGGUGGGGAAGGUCAUCGGGCCUCAGAGAGCUGCUCUUCCUUGGGGUCAUGCAGCUGACUGUGGCUCUGCCACACCUGGGCAGGUCAGGCCAGGGCCUGCUCACUGCAGAGGUCCCUACUUCCCGGAGCUUGGGGCCUGGCAGGGGCGCUGCAGGGCUGGGUCCAGGCCCUCACACUCCUGCCCGGGCCUUGGUUUGCCAGGCCUGGCAAGGAUGCGGGAACCAGCGGUCCUGCCAGCCAUUCUCCCCACCCACCCCACCUCGAAUCUCCUCCUGGCUGUGCGUGGACUCCGUGUCCCUGCCCAGAGCUGAGCCUUCCUGGAAGCAGCCUCGGGUCCCUGGAGGACUCCAGGACAGGGAAGGCUCUCAGGGCCAGGCCCACGCAUUUGCGGGGCACUGGAGUACCCUGGCCCUCGCCUCAGCACGCCCUGCAGCUCCCUCGCAGCGGGCAGCCCCUGCAGGAGCAGUGCCGGGAAGUGCGGUCAGCCGAGAGCAUCCGGCAUAGACGGCACAUUCUGGACUGGAGGUCAGGCCGCCGUAUUCAGGAGUCAGCAGGGGUGUGCUGGCUCUGACCAGUGAAAGGCCUUUGCAAGGGGGUUGACCGAGGGGCCCCUCCUGCGGAAUCUCAGAUGCCUGAUUUUCUUAAAGGCCCCCCAGCAUGAGUGCUGGUAUCGUUCGGGUCUGCCAGAGGCCAGGGAGCCAGCACGGCUCCUGGGGACCCCAGGGUUCUUGAUCCUUCUUGAUAAUUGGGAGUGGUGUGGGGUGCAGGUGCGCUGGUUGCCAUGACAGUCCCUUGCUGAGGCCGUUGGUGUGCUGGCCCCAGGGAGACAGUGCCAGGUCACAUGAAGCCGUCCUAAGACUAUAGGAGGUGUGGCCAGAGCCUGAGAGAGGAAGGAGCUUCCAGAAGAAGAGCUAGGAGGGCUUCCUGUUUGCCUGCACCUCAGAGGAUCGCGGUCUCCACCAGGACUGGGGACUCUAUUUAUGUUAACUGUCCUGCCCUGCUCUUGGCACCAAGUGUUUGUGUAGGAAAUGGGGCAGGGGAUGAUGAACCAGCACACGAGCUUCACCUCUGGAGCUGAGGUGCGUUGUUGUUGUUGUUAUUGUUUUGACUGGCAGAGUUAGACAAUGAGAGAGACAGAGAAAGGUCUUCCUUCCGUUGGUUCACCCCCAAAUGGCCGUUACAACCAGCGUGCUGCGCCAAUCCAAAGCCAAGAGCCAGGUGCGUCCUCCAUGCAGGUGCAGGGCCCAAGGACUUGGGCUGUCCUCCACUGCCUUCCCGGGCCACAGCAGAGAGCUGGAUCAGAAGAGGAGCAACCGGAACAGAAUCCGGCUCCCCAACCGGGACUAGAACUGAGGGUACCGGCGGAGGAUUAGCUCAGUGAGCUGCGGCACUUUCUAUAGGAAUGAGGCCAAUGGGAGGGCUUGAACCUGGGUUUGGGGACCAGCCUCUCCCCAGGACACUGAGUGUGAGUUGCCCUUCUAGGCAGGGCCAGGAAGUACCCCUGUAACCCGGCCUAGGCUCUCCGGAGAAAUGACAUCUGAUCUGUUUGUAGGCCAAGGCCCAAGGGCUACUAGCCAGGUUAGC